GUCUUGUGUCUCUGAAAACCUGGUCGCUAAAUACAGCGACAACACCACUACGUUGGCAACACUGCAGUAGCUUGAGAAGCUAAACUACGGCUAGCUUUCUCUCUGUGCGUCUUCUUCUCUUGCGGUUUGUGGCAGAGGAAAACGUCAAAGGCGUAACACUGCCCCCCUCAGGCCAUUUGUAGAUAUCGCCUUUAGCUUCUCGUCUCAUCCUGUGACGUAAAUUUAAAUGGACAGCUGUGCCUCCGUCACUUUUCAUGUGUUUGCUGAAGUUAAACUAACCGGUUUCAAACACACUGUCCAUGUGUUUGGCAAAGUUGAACUGACCGGUUUAAAACACACCGUUUAUAUGAUUGUUUUAGAUGACUCGUCAGAUAACCGCAGUCCUACUCGUAAAACUAGUUUUUAGUGUAUACUUUUGUUUGGUUUUUGUCUCAACGCCAGUGAAAUGCUCGCAUUCUAGUCCGAAGUCAAUAUGGAGAAGAAAGAACAGCUUAUAGCCAAUUUAAAGCUGUUUGACAGCGGUAACAGUGCGUCGCAUCUGCCGGACCGGCCCCAAGCCUCGGUGUUGAUUCCACUGUUGGUGAAGAAUGGAGAGGUGUGCACACUGAUGACCCUGCGUUCACUGGAGAUGAGGGCCAAUGCUGGAGAUGUGUGUUUCCCUGGAGGAAAGAGAGACCCCAGUGACAGAGAUGAAGUCGACACAGCUCUGAGAGAAGCAGAGGAGGAGAUAGGUCUACCACCUGAUGGUGUUCAGGUGGUCUGUAAACUGUUGCCGAUCAUUAAUAAGCGCGGUCUGCUGGUGACUCCGGUGGUUGGAUUCAUAGAGGAGUCGUUCUGUCCGCGUCCAAACCCAGCCGAGGUCAGUGCCGUGUUCACAGUCCCACUGGACUUCUUCACCACAAAGCAGGACCACUAUGAUGUCCACGCUCCUCUUGGGCCGCAGACCUGGUUUUAUUCAUUUAAUUUUGCGGACCCCGCUUCAGGACGCGAAUAUUUCAUAUACGGUAUGACGGCUGUGUUUGCUGUGAUGGUGGCAUGCCUCGGUCUCAGGAAGAACACAGAGUUUGUUCAGGAUUUUGACGUCGAGGAUCUGUUUUCUUUCUUUCAACUUGUUCUAAAGAGGGGAAUUAGUAAACUGUGACCGGGGUCUCAUUGCAGAAAGAAGCUUCAACAAUUCAAAACUCGUGGUUGAUUUACUGUCAGAGGGGAAACAGUUUCUGGUUCCAGAGCAGCAGAUUUGAGUUGUUUCACUUUGAGUUAAGCACAUGUACAACCUCCGGGUCUGUGCAUCGGCAUUCAUUUGGAGAUAAAAUACAUAUUCUGAAUACAGAGGUGACAGUAUGAUGUUGUGAUAUGUUGGUAAAUAUGAGCAAAGCAAUCCCACUCUUAUAUACUGUAUAGGCCUGAAUACAACACAGAGCGACUCUCAAUGAACCACUCGAUUGUAUGUUGUCAUAGCAACACUCUACCCUAACCCAUGAAAAAUCACAAUAUUUUAGUGUAUCAAUAGUUUCACCAUGGCAACAGAGGGGAAACAAAACUUAAAAUAAUUCCUUACACUUCCUUCUGAGAAACAAAAAGUCAACAGAAAGGCACAAGAACAUAGUUCAAACGGGUGAGACUGACAUAAUAGGUUUAAUAACCUCAAAUUAAUCCUAUCUGACUUGAAUAAAGUAGUGUUUCAUUGUACAGCUUAAUCCCCAACACACGGUUGUUGUUUUCACCUCUCUGUCAUUAAUCAAUGAAAUAAUAUGUGACAUUUACAUUAAAUACAUUAAAAACAACAACAUUCUUUAAAUCCAUAGAAAUCCAUAUUUGCCGUAAUCUGCUGUAACUUCCAGGCCAAACGUUAUCCAGUGUUUUGUGUGUGUUUUUGUCACUAAUGGAUCAUCUGGAUGACUCAUUGCUGUUUGCUGCUGCUGAAACUCUCCCUGUGAAGCAACAAACCACAGAACAAGAUAAGAAUUUCCAUGUUUCCCGACUAGGUUUUUCUGUUAUUGUUGACGCCUAGCUGCUGAAAUUACAUACUGUGAAAUUAAAGUCAAUACUUGACUGCUAAUCUGACAACAGGGAGAUUGACAUGGAACAACAACAAUAAUAAUAAUAAUAAUAAUAAUAAUGAUAAUGCUUUUGUAUUUGUACUAAAUAAAGGAGGAAAAAAGUUAA